CCUUUCCAGUUGCUAUGACAACUAACAGAAAACUUAAAAUGUCAUGAAUAACAAACCUAUUUCCCUUUUAUUUACUUCUUAUUUAAUGAUUAAACAAAGCACCAGUUUGUGAUGGAUUUCAUUCAAUAAUGGGAGGUAAUGCAUUUCGAGAGGAGACAAAAUAAUCAAAGGAUGCUCCUCACUGAAAUGGAUUGUUUGAUGUAACAGGGUUACCUACUAACAGAAAUAUUUUUAAGAACUUUUUAAAAUUCGUCUGAUUUACCUACCUACUAUUACAUAAAAAUAAUAUGGCACACGUAAAAGAUAAAAUGUCUGAGAUUGACGAUCACAUUUUGAAACGGUUUGAUAUUCAAAAGAGACUCGGCAAAGGAGCUUACGGUAUAGUUUGGAAAGCAAUUGAUAGAAAAACUAGAGAAGUCGUGGCUGUGAAGAAAAUAUUUGAUGCGUUUCGUAAUCAGACUGAUGCUCAACGAACAUUUAGAGAAAUUAUGUUUUUAAAAUCAUUUAAGGAUCAUCCUAAUAUAAUUAAACUUCUUAGUAUUCACAGAGCUGCCAAUAAUAGAGACAUAUAUUUGGGUUUUGAAUAUAUGGAAACUGACUUACACAAUGUUAUUAAAAGGGGAAACAUUCUAAAAGACGUUCAUAAGCGCUACAUCAUGUACCAAAUGUUAAAAGCAACUAAAUACAUCCAUUCAGGAAACGUUAUCCAUAGGGAUCAAAAACCAAGCAAUGUGUUACUGGAUAGCUUGUGCAGGUGCAAAAUAGCAGAUUUCGGGUUAGCACGAUCCUUAACCCAAUCCCUUGGAAAUAGUCCAAAUGACACAGAUCCUACACUCACUGAUUAUGUCGCGACAAGAUGGUACAGAGCACCAGAAAUUUUAAUCGCAAACAGAAAAUACACUAAAGGAAUUGAUAUGUGGAGUUUAGGCUGUAUUUUAGCGGAGAUGGUCUUGGGAAAACCAAUUUUUCCAGGAACUUCGACGGUAAACCAGGUGGAAAAAAUAAUGGCGUCUAUUCCAGUACCAUCACAAGAAGAUAUUGCACUGGUAUGUUCAUCUGGUGUGGGUGAAUGUAUGAUCAAAAAUUCAGCAUCCUUGCAAAGAAUCCCAUUGAAAUUACUAUUAGGCUCUAAUGUCUCAGAAGAUUCUUUGGACUUAAUUAACAAUCUUUUAAUAUUUAGCCCAUACAAAAGACUUACUGCCGAACGAGCCUUAGAACACUCGUAUGUGUCUAGAUUUCGUAAUACCAACGAAGAAAUAGUGAUGAAUAUCAAUGUUAUUCCACCACUGAACGAUGACAUUCGUUUGACUGUAGACGAUUACCGUAAUAAAUUAUAUGAAAUCAUGUCUACACACCACCACAUUCGACCAACAAAAUCAUUAUUAUCGAGACCUUCAUUAAAAGUUAAUUCCGACAUGAAGACGGAUAAACAAGGGAAGCUUUACAAAGAUAUUAAUAAUUACGCUAAAUCCAAUUAUUACGAUAAAGAAAGAUCUUUGGCAACACUUGUGGAACCUAAACUAGGCCACGCAAAGGGAAAACUCAAACACAACAUUCAAGCACGUUCUGAACCAAAGAUAUUAAAAAAAUUUAAUAUGCUACCUCAAGAACUCAAUGGAAUCAAAUCUACGUCUGAUUAUAAAAAGUUCAACAACUCUUCCUGUGAUUUUCUAACACGUGAGAGGGGCACAACCAAAGCAUUAAAUUCAAAAAGUAAUGUGUAUGUGCCAUCCUUUAACAGCUUCAAUUCCACUCAUGGUAUUAUAACGCAAAGUGCCUUAAUGGAACUGCGAGCUGCCGGGAUGCGAUAAUUGAUUUAGUAGGUACUUUGGGAGGGACUUUUUUAAUACUGGGAUUUAAACACCAUUGUGCAUGUUUACACAGUAUUACGGAUCACUUUUUUGAUCUUUGCGAUUGUUUGACAGUAUUUAUAUACAACAUUUU